AUGAAUGGCGGAGCCCGCGGCAUUGGCGCGGGCAUUGUCGCCACCUUAAGUGACGCCGGUGCUCGGAUCAUGGUUGCCGACAUCGGCAUCCAGAACAGUUCCGCUAACGAGUGGAAUUACGCACUGGCAGGUGAAGACGAGAUCGAUCAGCUGCGCAAGCGCCACCCACAGAUUGGAACCUGCCACGUAGACGUCACAGACCCUGAGAGCUGUGUGGCAGCCGUGCAGACAACUGUCGAUCAGUUCGGUCAACUGGACGUUCUGAUCAACAACGCAGGUAUUGUCGACAGCGGCCCUAUUGAAACCUUCAAGGUAGACGUCUGGGACAAAAUAUUUGCGGUGAACAGCAAAGGCAUUUUCCUGAUGGCACAGGCUGCCCUGCCUCAUCUGCGUAAAACAGAGAACCCCUGCAUCGUCAACACAGCGUCUAUAGCGGGCAAACAGGGAUAUCCCAACAUGGCGGCUUACUGCGGCUCAAAAUUUGCCGCCAUCGGCAUCACCCAGUCACUUGCAGCAGAACUCGCGCCGCAAAACAUCAGGGUCAACGCAAUCUGUCCGGGCAUGGUUGGCACUGCCAUGUGGCUGGAGCACCUGUUACCCAGCAAUGCAACCAGUGACAGUCAGAAAGAAGCGGAAUUUACUGAAAGCAUGGCGCAGACCAUUCCUCUGGGCCGACCACAAACCCCUGAAGAUAUGGGGGAUGCGGUCCUGUACCUGAUCAACGCGGUAAAUGUCAGUGGCGUUGCGCUGUCCGUGGCUGCCAUCUAUGCGCUGUCGCUAUGGGCGCUGGGAGAGGAUGAAGCGUACCAGAUUGUUGUCGGCAAACAGGAUCUGCAACGCCUGAAUGAUCAAUGGUCCAUGCAGAUGCGACGCCCACCCUCGGAACAGGAACUUGCCGGGCUGGUUGAACAGUUCAUCAAAGAAGAGAUUUAUUAUCGAGAAGCCAUGCGCCUGGGACUGGACGCCAACGAUACGAUUGUGCGCCGCCGUAUGGUGCAGAAGCUGACCUUUCUGACAGAAGACAUUGCCACGUCGGCAACCUUCUCUGACGCUGACCUGCAGAAUUUCUACAACGACCAUCUCGAUAAUUAUCGGCUGGCCGAGCGCUUCAGCUUCAAACAUCGCUACUUUUCUGUGGACCGUCGCGCCGAUGCCCGUGCUGACGCAGCCGAAGCGUUACAGAACCCUGCGAUCGGCGGCGAUCCGUUUAUGCUGCAACGCGAAUACGCGUUGCGAUCAGAACGUGAAGUAGGUGAUCUGUUCGGACGCGAUUUUGCUGCCACACUUGCAACACUUACCCCAGACGAAGCAUGGCAGGGGCCUGUGCAAUCUGCUUACGGGUGGCAUUUGGUGCUGUUGAUCAACAGAGCACCAGCAACCGUACAGGCUUUUGCCGAUGUCCGAGAGCGCGUUCUGAAUGACGCCCAGCAGGCCGCACGUGAUACCGCCAAUACCCGCUAUUAUGAAGAUCUCCGCAGUCAAUACAUCAUCAGCACGCUUUGCCGUGUUGUGGAAACAGCCAGCGGUACAGAACGGGUCACACCAGCUGCCUAUAUCCAACGCUGGCAAACCGAUUGUGAUCUGACCAGAGACGCCAUCCACAUCGACGGCCUGUCAAUGACCCUUACAGAUGUCAUGGUGCGCUACGACAGCGCCGAUGGCAGCACCGCCAAUUAUGUAUUGCGGCCGGAAAGCCCUACUCUGAACAUCGCCACGGACAUCCCAAGCACCCUGUCUUACCUGUGGAUUGGUGUUGAACAUCUUCUGUUUGGCCUUGACCACGUUCUGUUUGUGAUCGGCCUCGUGCUGUUCAUUCGAGCACCCUGGCCACUGCUUAAAACGGUCACAGCGUUCACUGUCGCCCAUUCAAUCACUCUGGCACUGUCGGUUCUGGGCUGGGUCAGGCUUGAGCAGGGCCCCAUUGAAGCUAUCAUUGCGCUGUCCAUAUUGUUUCUUGCCCGUGAGUUAGUACAACCGCCCGAACAACGCUCCCGUCUGACUAUGGCAAACCCGUGGAUCAUGGCCUUCGUUUUUGGACUGCUGCACGGUCUGGGCUUCGCCGGUGCACUCAGUGAUGUUGGUUUACCCGACGACGAUCUGUGGCUGGCCCUGCUGCUGUUCAAUGUUGGCCUGGAAAUGGGGCAACUGAUGAUCAUCGUGAUUGUGAUGACCUGUAUCUGGUUUGCGCGACGCUUUACUGCAUUACCCAUGGUCAUCCGCGGUGGCGCAUGGGGUAUGGGAAUCUUUAUGCCACUAAAAUACAUUUUCGCCAUUGGCCUGAUCGGCCUGCUGAUCAACGGCUGCAGUGAGCAACAAGCUGCCGCACCAGAGGCUGCGCCACAAGCGCCUGCUGAUUUCACCAAUGCCUUUCGCCAGGCGCUGGAAACGGCACAACCCGGCGACGUGAUUGAAGUACCAGCGGGGACUUACACGUUCAAGCGCUCGCUGGUAUUGAAUACCGAUAACGUGACAAUUCGCGGCGCAGGUAUGGAUCAAUCGAUAUUGAGUUUCAAAGGGCAGAUCGCAGGCGCGGAAGGCUUAUCCGUCAGCGCCAGCAAUUUUGUCAUAGAAGACCUGGCCAUCGAAGAUACGGUGGGCGAUGCAUUGAAAGUCAACGAAGGCAACAACAUCACCAUUCGCCGUGUGCGCACAGAAUGGACCAACGGUCCUGACGUUAACAAUGGUGCCUACGGCAUCUAUCCGGUACAGACGACCAAUGUGCUGGUUGAAGGAAAUGUGGCUAUAGCGGCGUCAGACGCGGGUAUCUAUGUAGGUCAGUCCCAGAACGUGGUGGUCCGUAAUAAUCGAGCUGAAUACAACGUCGCGGGUAUUGAAAUAGAAAACACCAUUGGCGCCGAUGUUUAUAACAACGUUGCCACCAACAAUACAGGUGGCAUUUUGGUAUUCAACAUGCCACAAAUUCCCCAACGCGGUCAUUCAACCAGGGUUUACAAAAACGAGGUGCAUAACAACAACACCGCCAAUUUUGCAGCGCCGGGCACGGCGGUUUCCGGUGUUCCUGCCGGCUCUGGUGUAAUCAUUAAUUCCAAUGACAAAGUGGAAAUUUUUGAUAACAACAUCACCAACAACAAUACCGCCAACAUUGUGAUCUCCAGCUACUUCAGUGCCAAUUACGCAGGACAACGCGAUCUGGCAGAAAACUUUGACCCCUAUCCGGAAGACAUCUUCAUUUAUGGCAACCUGUUUGAAGGCGGCGGGCAAGCGCCGGGCAGCAGUUACUUAACCGAAGUCAAAGACGCGGUGUACGGCUCUGAUGGCGAAUUUCCGGACAUCAUCUGGGACGGCAUCAUCAGCCCAACGCUGGCAGAAGGACAGGCUGUCAUCUGCGUGCAGAACGGUGAUGCGGAACUGUUGAAUAUCGAUGCGGCUAAUGAAUUUGCUAAUCCAAACGUUAAUAUGGGCAACCACGAUUGCACCGUAGAUAAAUUGUCAGCAGCAAACGCGCUGGUCCCCGCUGAAGAUACGCACAUCUAUGACCUGAACACCCCACUGUUCACAGACUACGCGCUGAAACUUCGCACCCUGUACGUUCCACCGACCCGCACCGCACAGUUUGAACCGUUUGACGCCUUUGUCCUGCCGGUGGGCAGCAUUAUCAGUAAAACCUUUUUCUACCAGCACAACGGCGACGGCGCGCUGAUCCUAGAUGCCGGUUGGGACGGCAAUCCCGCAAGCCUGCAGAUGGAUAAGACCCUGCUGCUGGAAACCCGACUGUUGGUGAAGCAGAGUAAUGGCUGGGAUGCCCUGCCCUACAUCUGGCGCGGCGACGACGCCUACCUUUCGAUCACCGGCGACCUGCAGACGUUGUCUACCAGCAAAGGUGAGGUACUGAACUACCUGGUGCCCAGCCGCAACCAAUGUGCUGGAUGCCAUGCCACAGACCAUACUGCAGGUGAUAUCCAACCGAUUGGGAUCAAAGCCCGCCACCUGAAUCGUGUAGAUCCAAUCCAUGGUAUCAAUCAGCUCACCGCGUGGCAGGCAAGGGGUAAUCUGGAGGGCAUGCCGUCCUUAGAUGCGGUGUUUGCCAAUGCUGAUAUGAACUCGCAGCAGGCAGAUCUGGAUCACCGCGCGCGAAGUUACCUGGACAUCAACUGCGGACAUUGUCACAACGCAUCAGGUGCAGCAGACACCUCCGGGUUGCUACUCGACUACGCAGAUCACGAUUUGAAGACUAUGGGACAGUGCAAACCUCCAAUAGCUGCGGGUCGAGGCUCUGGCGGACACCUUUACAGUAUUGUGCCGGGCGCGGCUGACGCAUCCAUUCUGACUUAUCGGAUGAACACCACAGACCCAGGCACAAUGAUGCCGGAAUUAGGGCGCACACUGGUUCACGCUGAAGGCCACGCAUUAAUUGCGCAAUGGAUAGAUGCUAUGGACGGGGUCUGCCUGUAG